GCGCGAGUGGGGGCAGACGUGUCUCAACGAGGUUGCGUUUUCACAGUUUACGUCCGGCGUCUCACACCUAUUUGUGACGGUGCUGUUGAUGGAGAACAUAUGCCAGUGUGCCGCGAGGAAAUGAGGUUCCCCCGCAAUCGAUCUAAUUGUGGCACUACAAUCUUCGCCGGCGUGUCGCUCUGCAUUCUGGUCGUUAUUUACGUUUACGCGUCACCUCGUCGUGCUACAACAAGCACAGAAUUACUAGUGGAAAAACCAAACCCGAAACCCGAUUACAGAGCCGCAAGAGUGGAUAUCGAAGUGGAAAACUCGGGCGUCAUGGUGUUUCUUCAUAUUCAGAAGACUGGGGGAACAGAGUUCGGUCGUCAUCUUUUGUUUUUGGACGUCGGGAGACCUUGUCAAGUUCCUAGAAAGGGAAGUGGUAGGGCAAUGAAGGCUCCUAAAGGCUCAAAAUGUUUUCGACCAGGGAAGUCACCUGGAGAGUCUAAGUCUGAGAAGGAGAUGUGGCUCUUUUCUCGCUUUACAAGAGGUUGGCCCUGUGGUCUUCAUGCUGAUUGGACUGAAUUGCAUGAGUGUGUUGAAAAAACUAUAAAUAGAAAGGAAGGACCGAAAGAGCGUCAAUUCUUUUAUGUGACGAUUCUGAGGGAGCCAGUGGCUCGUUUCCUUAGUGAAUUUGCUCAUGUGAAACGUGGUGCAACAUGGGCUUCACAGCAUCACUGCAACAAGAAACCAGUAACGCAGAAGCAGCUGCCGGAUUGCUAUCCAGGAUUUUCGAAGAGAAAGAGAUGGCCAAAUGUAUCACUCGAUAACUUUUUAAGCUGCAAGUCGAAUCUUGGAAUUAAUCGCCAGACACGGAUGCUGGCCAAUCUGAGUCUAGUUGAUUGUUAUAACACAAAUACUUACCCACAAAAGGAGAGAGAUGAAAUGAUGCUCAACAGUGCUAUGAUUAAUCUUCGAACUCUUGCCUAUUUUGGGCUCAACGAAUACCAGACUGAGACCAAGGAGUUGUUUGAGUACACGUUUGGUUUGAAAUUCAUGGAUCAGUUUAGUAUGAGAAAUGAGAGCAAGGUGAACGCAAGAGCAGAACAAGAAGUAUUGACAGACGACGACAUAGCAAAGAUCGAGGAAACAAACGAUUUAGAUAUUCAAUUGUACAGCUAUGCCAAGAAGUUGUUUCUUGAAAGGGUCAAGGCAAUGAAAAACAAUUCUACAUUUCGUUGGACCAAAUAUCAGCAAUACUUGUUGCUGGUCAAUGAUGAUACCAUUGAUGAUGAGACAUGAUCUCUAGGGUCUAAUAAGGAUAUCACUAUUUCUGAAUUAUUUUGAUGAUUAAUCAUUGGAGUACUUUUUGUGUAUUGAAGUUAGUUAUCUUGAUACUUGCAGUUGAUAUUGUUUUUAGGUAGACUGCUUUUCUAGUCUAUUCUCUAGAUUCUUUAUUACUGACAUUGACAUUUGUGUUAUUUGUCAGGAAUUUUAAAUUAUAUAGUUAAACUAUAAUGUGAAGGAAUUAAUUAGAGCAACUGGGAAAAU